AGCGGCAUCCUCCCUCUAGCUUCUGGCGCUGCCCACUGUAACCCGACUCCGGCAUUUGCGUUUGGGGCGCCCUCCCUGCGCCGGGGGCGGGAGCCCAGCAAGCGCAGAGCCCCGGCCGCGCGGCCCGAGUGCCACAUCACUGCGCCGGCCGUCCAAGGCCCGCCGCCCCACCAUGCCGCCCCCGCCGCCGCUGCUGCUCCUCACAGUCCUGGUCUUCGCCGCUGCCCGGCCGGGGUGCGAGUUUGAGCGGAACCCCGCCGGUGAAUGCCACAGGCCGCCGGCUGCAGACAGCGGUACAGUACCGGGACCUCCCUGGCCUCUGUUCUGUAGGAGGGCUGCGGCCCCCACACUGUCAGAGCACUUUAGGCAGCUGAGCCUGUGAUUUCAGAAUCUCUGAUUCCUGCACAGUAACUAUUGUCCUGGUCCUCCCCUACCAGACUGUGGGUGCCCCUUCCCUGCAGGCCCUGGCCCUGCGUGGGGUCCCCUUCGUAAAUGUCUGACACGUGACGGUCAGGGCCAUUGCAGGAGGGACUGACAUGCCGACCCUGCCUCCCCAGUCACCUGCGUGGACCUGCAGCUCAGGACCUGCAGCGAUGCCGCCUACAACCACACCACCUUCCCCACCCUGCUACAGCACCGGUCGUGGGAGGUGGUGGAGGCCAGCUCCGAGUACAUCCUGCUGAGUGUUCUACACCAGCUCCUGGAGGGCCAGUGCAACCCAGACCUGCGGCUGCUGGGCUGUGCUGUGCUGGCCCCCCGGUGUGAGGGCGGCCGGGUGCGCAGACCCUGCCGGCACAUCUGCGAGGGCCUGCGGGAGGCUUGCCAGCCCGCCUUCGACGCCAUCGACAUGGCCUGGCCCUACUUUCUCGACUGCCACCGCUACUUCACGAGUGAGGAUGAGGGCUGCUACGACCCACUGGAGAAGCUUCGGGGAGGCCUGGAGGCUGACGAGGCGCUGCCCUCGGGGCUGCCGCCCACCUUCAUCCGCUUCAGCCACCACUCCUACGCCCAGAUGGUACGUGUGCUGAGGCGGACGGCCUCCCGCUGCGCCCACGUGGCCAGGACCUACAGCAUCGGGCGCAGCUUCGACGGCAGGGAGCUGCUGGUCAUCGAGUUCUCUAGCCGCCCCGGCCAGCACGAGCUGAUGGAGCCCGAGGUGAAGCUCAUUGGCAACAUUCACGGCAACGAGGUGGCGGGCCGGGAGAUGCUCAUCUACCUAGCCCAGUACCUGUGCUCUGAGUACCUGCUGGGCAACCCCCGCAUCCAGCGCCUGCUCAACACCACCCGAAUCCACCUGCUGCCCUCCAUGAACCCCGACGGCUACGAGGUGGCAGCCGCCGAGGGUGCCGGCUACAAUGGGUGGACCAGCGGAAGGCAGAAUGCGCAGAACCUGGAUCUGAACCGAAAUUUCCCGGACCUGACCUCGGAGUACUACCAGCUGGCGGAGACCCGCGGCGCGCGCAGCGACCACAUCCCCAUCCCCCAGCACUACUGGUGGGGUAAGGUGGCCCCAGAGACGAAGGCAAUCAUGAAGUGGAUGCAGACCAUACCCUUCGUGCUCUCGGCCAGCCUUCAUGGGGGCGACCUGGUGGUGUCCUACCCCUUCGACUUCUCCAAGCAUCCCCAGGAGGAGAAGAUGUUUUCUCCCACGCCUGAUGAGAAGAUGUUCAAGCUGCUGUCCAGAGCCUAUGCUGACGUCCACCCCAUGAUGAUGGACAGGUCGGAGAACAGGUGUGGAGGCAACUUCCUGAAGAGGGGGAGCAUCAUCAAUGGGGCGGACUGGUACAGCUUCACAGGAGGCAUGUCCGACUUCAACUAUCUGCACACCAACUGCUUUGAGAUCACAGUGGAGCUGGGCUGUGUGAAGUUUCCCCCCGAGGAGGCCCUGUACGCGCUCUGGCAGCACAACAAGGAGUCACUCCUGAAUUUCGUGGAGACGGUGCACCGGGGCAUCAAAGGUGUGGUGAUGGACAAAUUCGGCAAGCCCGUCAAAAACGCCCGGAUUUUAGUCAAAGGCAUUCGCCACGACAUCACCACAGCCCCUGAUGGCGACUACUGGAGAUUGCUGCCCCCAGGUACCCACAUUGUCAUUGCCCAAGCCCCUGGCUACACCAGGGUCAUCAAGAAAGUCAUCCUCCCGGCCCGGAUGAAGAGGGCUGGCCGUGUCGACUUCAUUCUGCAGCCUCUGGGGGUGGGACCCAGGAACUCUCUUCACGGGCUGCGGAGGACUGGGCCCCACGACCCGCUGGGAGGUGCCAGCUCUUUGGGGGAGGCCACGGAGCCCGACCCACUCCGGGCACGCAGGCAGCCCUCGGCCGACGGGAGCAAGCCCUGGUGGUGGUCCUACUUCACAUCGCUGAGCACGCACAGGCCACGCUGGCUGCUCAAGUACUAGCCCCAGCCCCGGCACCCGCCCGGAUGUGGAGACCCAGGCCCAUGUCCGUGUCCUGGGCCCCUGGCUCUUGAUUUUGUCUGCCACGGACAUUCCACAAAGCCGCCGCCGUUUUAUUAAAGUGUUUAUAUCCACUUUCCACUG